AUGCAGGGCCAGAAAAGGAUGUGGUCUCCAAGAGGGCUACAACACUUCUGUAAAACCCUGUGCGCUCACCGGCGGGAGGGCUACGUGCUCAGUCUCUAUCGCAUCCGCAGCGCCCGAGAACAACCUCAGGUGGCAGACUGUGCCCACAACCGCAUCAGUUACCCUGGGAAUAAUAAUAUCACACGGGAUGCCCCUGGCUUGGCCUGGAACCUGUGGUACCAGUUACGGUGCUGGGGCACUAGACGUCAGGCAACUAGUCCAAUUCCCAACCGGCCCUGUGACCUCCAGCCAAACCACGGGCCUUCAGGGGACAAUUUCGACUGGAAAACACCCAGAGCAGCCCAGUGGCUACCUAGGCCAGGCAUGGAAAUCACUGGUUCUGUCUUCUAUCUCAUCUUGGAUGUAGUAGAUACCAACUGCCAUGUCCUCAGCAAGAAGCUGUGGAAGGAUUGUGAAACCAGACCUACUCACGAAACUGCUUAUGGUCAAUGUAAAGCAAUUAUCUACAUUAAUCAGCCAAGGAAUAUUGCCCAUCUGAGUACUUACGAGUGUGUUUUACAACCAGUUCAACGCAGAUAUAUUCGGGCAAUGUGUCCUGACUGCCCGGUUGAUGACUGUCCAACUGAGCCCAAAUAUUUGGAGGUUGCUGCUCAAAGCCUUGCCAAGUUCAAUGAAGAAAGUGAACAGACUCAUUAUUUCUCUGUCCUCAAUGUCACAAAAGCUUCAAUGCAGUGGGUCAUUGGUCCUGCACAUUUUGUAGAGUUUACCAUUCAGGAGACAUCCUGCUCCAAAUCUGAUUCUGUCACUGACAUCUCUCAGUGUCAGCCUCUCUCACCUGAAUCAGCUAAAAUGGGCUUCUGUACAGGCUCUGUGGUAAGAAGUGACUUGGAACAGAAAGAGUUUGUGGAAAUAUCCUGCGAAAUCUACAAUCCAGAGGCUCCUGUCACUGAAGAAGGGGAGCAGCAACCAGACCAGAGACCUGGAAAAUCCAGCCAGAGGCAUCAAGAAGCUUCCUCUUUAGAAGCCAGCCCUUUUACACCCCACCUAGGAAAAACAGUGGGCUGGGUUAAAGUUCUUCCCCCUUCAACUGAGAACACCUCUUGCCAAAAUGCACCAGAAAGAGAACAUACGGAUAGAAAGCCAGUUCCACCGGAGGCAGUGGAGCCUACAGGUAGCUUCCUAAAUAUCACUGGCAAUCCUGAUGGAGAAAAGAUUCAAGCAGACAAACCUGAUUUGACCAAACUGGUGAACGGACCAGUUAUUCUCCCUUUCCCUGAAGAACUUUCACUAUCAGACACAUGCCCAGGAAAAGCAAAGAAGAGAGAUCCCACCCUUGAGACUUUGCUGGCUAGAAAAACUACCAAAGAAUAGUCAGCAUCCAAGUCACCUCGAGCACUGCAACAAAAUGAUGGUCACAGUGACCGAGUGAUCUUCUCAUUUGGGCAACAUCUCAAAAUAAA